AUGGUGUACUGCAUCUGGAUCGACGGCCUCAACGCCCUGGUGGGGAAGGACAUGGUCAGCGAGCUGACCAAGAGCGACCUGGACACGCUGCUGAGCAUGGAGAUGAAGCUGCGCCUGCUGGACCUGGAGAACGUCCAGAUCCGGGAGGAGCCACCGCCUAUCCCCGAGGAGCCCAGCAGCUACGACUUCUCAGAAACGUGGCCCACCCUAACCUCCCCAACACUCGAGACGGCGCCAGGGCUGCUGAUCCAGUCUGCAAAGACGAGCUGUUUGGCUGAGAGAGAACCCGGUGCUGGGAGAGGUGGGGGGCUUGUACCAGUGGGCUGCCCUUCUGCUUUUCUGGUAACGUUGCUUCCCCAGCACAGGCUUCCCUCGGUGCUCUCUGGCUCCCGGGAGGAAGGCAGCGAGAAGGCCUCCCUCCCGACUGUUGGGCGGGGCCCUUGUCUGUCUGCGUCUCUCCUGUCAAACUCUGGGACUUGCUUCUCCCAUCCGGUCUGCAAGCGAGUCUCCUUCUGCCUCCCUCAUUUUCCAGGCCUGUCCUUGUCUGCGUCAGAGAAGCUCUUCCGUUUCCACGAGGUGGAGCUGUUGCUGGACCUCCUGGGGAAGCUGGCCCUGGGAGGGGUUUUGGCGUUUGGACUGGGCUUCUCCGAGUUUCUCUUGGUAUCAAGAACCUCCAGCCUCACCUUCUCCAUCUCUGGGAUCUUCAAGGAAGUCUGCACCCUGUUCCUCGCUGCCCACCUCAUGGGAGACCACCUCACUCCAUUGAACUGGUUGGGCUUUGCCGUUUGCCUGCUGGGUAUCUCUCUGCACGUGGCCCUGAGGGCCCUCAACCCCAGAGAGCCAAAGGGCAUCCGGCAUCCGAAGAUGCCCGACUCUGCUGCAGACCUGGAGCUCUUGCUGCUGCUGGAUUCCCAGGAGGAGGCGGCUGAGGAGGCCGAGAAUCCCCCCCGGCACUGAGCCACCCCCUCGGCAAGCUGGGAGGGCGUCUGCUGGACUCUCUGAGGGAGAGCCCCAGUGCUGGUGGGGGCAGGAUUGCUGGGCUUCCUAGGGCGGAGGUGGGGGAGAUGCUUAGUCUGGAGAUGGUGGGGCAGGUAGCAGGGGCCGUUUCUGCCUUCCUCCAACCUGUGUUGGUGGGGCGCGCUCUUUCGGCUUGCGGGGGCUUCGUGCAGCUUGGUUCCUGGCAUCUCAAAUGAUGCCUGUGGAUGGCAGGAGUGGCCUGUUCGGAAGGGAGCUCAGGGAUGCGCCAGAAGGGUCAGAAAUGUCCCCCAGGAAUGUUGCCUCCUCCCCUCCCCCCCCGGUGCCCCGACAGGGGGGAGAGGCUGUUCUGCCUUUGCCCGGGUCGAGAGGUUCCCGCAGGGAGCCUUCCAAGAGGCUGCUGAGGGCAGCGUUUCUUCGGCCGCCGUCAGGAAAAGUAGGAGGAUCUGGGAACGCUGGCCUGCCCUGAAAGGGAGACGCCGAGCAGCCAAUGCCAAGUGCAGGGAGGAGCCUCCCUCGGGUGUCUGUCUCGGGGCUGCCAUGCAGGCAGCUUCCUGCCCCAGGCCAGGUGGACGAGGGGAAAACGCCCACCGAAGUCAGGAGCCAGGGCGAAGGGGGAUGGAUGGAUGGAUGGAUGGAUGGAUGGAUGGAUGGAUGGAUGGAAGUGCCUUCACUGGCAUGCACCACUAGUGAUCCCUGGGGCCAACAGAGGACAAGGGAGCCCUGAGCAACGCAAGGGCGCACAUUGCACCUUUGAGCUUGUUGCGUGGGGAGGGGUGAAAGGCCAUGUCGUAAAUAAUGAAAUGCUCAAUUUGCGUAGCAAAUCUCUCCCCAAUAAAUGGACAUCCAAAUCAGUUCCCACCAGAAAGGAGUGCGUAUCCAACAGGUGUCCUAUAGUGAGGGGCAACUGAUCCGCCUCAGGAUGGGGCGUGGAGGUGCCAGAGUUCCCUAUGGUGAAACAGGUAGCAGCGGUUGGAGGAGCAUGUGGAAAAUCCUGGGCAGUUAAACAGGAUCUAUCCGCUCCAGAAUCCACUGAAAAGGGAACUGGUUUCCCCCUACCUCCAAAGUAAUAUGUGGCUGUGGUGGGAGCCCCAUCAACAAUUUUUGCUGUAGCAUACUCCUGGGGCGCCCCUAGGGCUGAGGGGCAAGUGGGGACUGGAAAGGUGGAGGGCAGGAAGCUGACUGCGUAGGGGGCUGUCUUGGGGAUGUGGCCUCAUUUGAGAGGCUCCUGCUGCGAGGGAGUCAGGGCAUUGUAAUUUCUAGUGCCCAGUUUGCCCACGGUAAAAACACGCAACCAAGUUCCAGGGCCACCGAUGUCGCCGUCUCCUGACAUGGGGCAAAGCUGGUCCCAGUACUCGGUGCCCACCCUAGCACCCGGUACGUUUGGGUCUUUUUGUCUCUGGUAUAACUGCAUAAAAGGAUCAGCGGCCACUAGUAACUCCAUUUCUUUUUGCUGCUGAAGUUUUUUAAUUCCUACCAACUUCAUAGCAGUCCAUCCGCAGCAGUACUGCUCAGGACCGUAGGCAUACUGGUUUCUGUGGCAUCGCUUCCCAAACACCUGAUAACGCUAUGCGUCAGUCUUUCAUAAUUUGCAGGGUGCUCAUCGCUUCUCUGUCACCAAGCAGCUGUGCUGCACCAGCCUGGGUUUACCAGGUAGAAAGCUUGCGCUGCUGUCAGCAAAGUAGCCGUAGCUUGGGUUAGUUCAGCUUCCGUUGUAGGGCUCUGGACCAGCCAGGCUGCUUUUCCUGGUCUGGGUUUGUUAACCCCAAGUGGGAUGUUAAGCCUGGAAGACAAAGCCCUGUUCGUGCUGGAAUUUCCUAGGAUCACUAUAGGGGGAGGGAAAAUUGCUGGCCGUGUCAUGCAGAUCACUUGGGGGUGUUUCAGCUGCAGUCCGGAGAGGGCAGUAGGUUCUUCUGUGCUUGGAGGGUGACAUUUUGGGGGGGACACGCAUUGUGCCCCAUCCUCCUCUUUAGCUUCUCCACUGAGCCCCUCUUUCGCGUACCUUGAUACCUGCCGGUGUUUUCCAUCAUGGGAAGGAGGUCAUGGCACCCGUCCAGCGCAUCGUCUUCAGGGCAUGUCCAGUUCCUCCAGUAGGGUGGAAGGUUUAGGGUACUUGUUACAGAAGGGAACUUUCUGGGGAUAUCAGCAAAACUGCUCUGGAGUACUUGAGCCUUCGCUUCCUCUUUCCUGAGAUGAUGCUUCUGAUCCAAACUGCAGCGGAAUCCCUGAUCUGAGACUCUCGUUCCUUUAGGAUCACAGCAGGUGAUUGCUGAACAGACUGCCUGUGCGCAUUUCGUAGGCAGGGCAUCCUUUCACAUGCAUUGCCUCUGUACAUUUUGAAUUUGCUGUCUCGUGUUUCUUCCACUCCUCCGCACUAGCCCUACCAGCCAUCCCCUGCGUGAGUCACUCUGUUCCACCGUGCGCGCUUGUGCUCUCCAGCAGCAAGCGCAGCUCCCUGGAGCACGCAGAGUCCGCAGUCCCCCUUGUUUCUUGAGCAGAAGGAUGUGCCGUAUGGACAGCUCUGGUCAGUAAUGGGAGGUUUAUAUGACGACACACAUGCACGGAAGAAACAAACUCCUUGCGCCUGCGUGGCCACCCAUGGCCCUGUAGGGACACGGGAAUCAGCCUUCUCGCUUUUCGCAGCGCAGAGGCUACGGGGGAAGCUCCCGUAGCUAUGCAAAUGAGGGCAGCUGAGAGGAGGAGAUGCCCGGUCCAGUGGGGGUGUGGGCAGGAAUACGAUCAGGGACACAACACGCCACUACGAACAAGGAGCAAGUUCAGACGGACCACUAAUAGAGCGCUCCAGAAUCUCGGCACAUUAAUACGCUCGCCAGCAUCCAGCUGUUCCACUGCCCAUUGCUGUCCCUUGCAGAGUCAGAUGGCAGGAACUGGUGACUCAGAGUCUCAACUACCUGGACUCACUCCAGCAGGUCCCUGGACUUGCUCUGCAGAAUGUCUUAUACACAAUUAAAUCCCCAUGACCCCAACCAAGUGGCUCCAAAUGGGUCCUGGAUCGGAGAGGAAGAAGGGCAUGGGCAGGGACUGUGAACCUGCAAAGGUGACAGGCAUGCCGAAUACAGCAGUUGGCCCCAAUUCUUGCCCUUCUGAUCCUGCUGACUAUACCAAACUGGUGGGAAAAACACCCACCUAAAUAAGGAACCAAGGCGAGUGGAGAUGGAUGAAAGAAAGUGGCUUUGAUUGGCACGUGCCACAGCAGUCAUCCCUGGGGCCAAAAGAAUGCGAGAGAGCCCUGAGUGAACAAGGUUGCAGGUUAUAUACCUUUUGGUCUGUUACACAGAAAUGCUGAUGCCGAUGCUGUAAAUCAUACUGCGUCCUCUACAACCAGAAUAUAGCGUCUGAUAGUACUAAGGGUUGGCCUUGGUGUGGUGGCUCUACGUUCCUCUAACCCAACAGGACUCUUCCUGGCCCAAUUUCAGAUACUAGCGCCAAUGGCGAUUAUUGGGCUCAUGUGGUACCUCACUUCAAAGAAGAGAGAUCCGUCUGGUUUCUAUUCUCUCUCUCCUGUUCCUCCAGGGUCACCUCGUGUCAGCUUGCUUUUAUUUUUGUGGUUCUCCUGCUUAUGCCAAAUACACCGUACGUGUUAUUAAACCUCCACAUUUGCAAGGUC